AUGACGACUAAGGUGGACGGGGUUCCGGGCCCACGGAGCAACAAUGGGCACGAGAUGGCGCCGCUCAACACGCGCGCACGCGGCGACGGCACGCACGGCGUCACGAUCAUGCUAUCGCCCCCGGACCGCAACUCGAUCGGGUCACGGGACGGAGCCGGAGCCCUGCCCGAUGGUGACCCCGAUCGGGCAGCCUGGUCCGGCAAGAUGCAGUUUUUCCUCAGUAUUAUCGGCUACUCGGUCGGACUCGGCAACAUCUGGCGGUUUCCCUACCUGUGCCAACAGAACGGUGGAGGUGCGUUUCUGAUACCGUUCAUGGUGAUGUUGAUUCUCGAGGGCAUACCACUGUUCCUGAUCGAGCUGGGAAUGGGGCAACGGAUGCGACUCGGAGCGCUCGGUGUGUGGAAUACGAUUCACCCAUGGCUCGGCGGAAUUGGGAUAAGCUCGUGUAUCGUCACACUGUUCGUGGCGAUCUACUACAACGUGAUCAUUACCUGGUGCUUCUACUACUUUUUCAACAGCUUCCGGUAUCCAUUGCCCUGGGGAACCUGCCCGCAGCUCAACGGAACCGACGUCGAGGAAUGCGAACGUUCGUCCGGGACGGCGUACUUCUGGUACCGUACGACGCUGGACGCCGCACCGAGUAUAGACGAAACCGGCGGCUUCAAGUGGUGGAUCGUGCUCUGCCUGAUGCUCUCCUGGACGGUGGUGUUCUUCAUCGUCAUGAAGGGCAUCCAGAGCUCGGGCAAAGUGGUCUACUUUACCUCCCUCUUUCCGUACAUCGUGCUGACGAUCUUCUUCAUCCGCGGUAUCACCCUUAAGGGGGCCGGUGCCGGCCUGAUGCACAUGUACACGCCCAAGGUCGAGAAGCUGCUCGAACCGACGGUGUGGCUUGACGCGGCCACACAGGUGUUCUACUCGUUCGGGCUGGCGUUCGGCUCUCUCAUAGCAUUCGGUAGCUACAACACGCCGAAAAACAACUGUGUCCGCGACGUGUUGCUGGUGUCGGUCUGCAACGCCAUCACUGCGAUCUACGCUAGUGUCGUGAUCUUCGCCAUCCUAGGUUAUAAGGCUACGUUAGGAGUUGAAAGAUGUAUCCAGUUAAAUAAGCAUAUUCUAGUGAAACAUAAGCUGCUUUCUUCGAUGGACGUUGCCAACAGCGAGUACGAGCAAGUUAUGGCGGGUUUGAAUGAUACGGUCGCCAAGGACUGGGAGUUCGAAAAGUGCAGCUUAGAGGACCAACUCUCUAGUGCUGCGGAAGGAACCGGUCUAGCGUUUAUUGUCUUCACCGAAGCUAUCGUCGAGCUUCCAGGAUCUCCGUUCUGGGCAGUACUGUUCUUUACCAUGCUGCUCUCAUUAGGGCUGGGUUCACAGAUUGGCAUUCUCGAAGGAAUGCUCUGUACCAUAUUCGACAUUGAUAUCUUCAAGAGGAUUCGAAAACCAUACGUUACCGGUGUCGUGUGUGCAUUCUGUUUCUCUGUUGGACUGAUAUUUACUACCGGUGCGGGCGAGUAUUGGCUCAAGAUGUUUGACUCAUUCGCCGGUACGAUUGGUUUGGUUGUGGUUGCGCUGAUGGAAAUGAUUGCCGUAAUUUAUAUUUAUGGCCACGAAAAGUUCACAGAGGACAUAUACCAAAUGACUGGCGUCCGACCUGGUCUCUACUGGCAGAUGACCUGGCGAUACAUUGGCCCGGCUAUUAUGGGCUGCAUCUUAGUGUCGUCAGUGCUCUCGAUGGUUUUGCGAAACCCCACUUACGGUGCUUGGAACGGCGCUCUGGGCAUUGUGGAAAACAAGUCUUAUCCCAACUGGGUGAUGGGCAUCGCACUGGCAAUGAUCAUUGCCGGCGUUUUACCGAUGCCGGUUGUAUUCUUGCUGCGACGGUUCCAGAUAUUGAAGGUCGACCUCGACAUACACCAAGGCUCAAUCCGAAGAAAUGAAACGACCGCCUCAACGAAGGAAAUGAUCGACGAAGACGACGUCGUAAGUCCCGAUUUACCACCACCACAGUCACUGGCGGCCACACGUUUCACAAUCGGAGACUUUGAUACGAAAACCGACGACGCUACUAGCAGACGCAACAAGUCCUCACCCGGAAAGACCACUGUGGCCGGCUCCGGUAGUGUUAGCUACGGAAAUGGCAAUACGAAACCGACCACUAACACUACCAGCAACACUGGUGCGAGUAGCAACAACGACGCUACCCUCGUCACCACCAGCAUCACCAGUACCGGUACCAGGAGGUCCAUCAUGAAGCAAUAG